AUGAAAGACUUGGGUUUACUGUGCUAUUUUUUGGGGAUUGAGAUCGCCUCUUCAGUUAAAGGUUAUCUCUUGUCUCAGUCAAAGUACAUAGCUGAUCUAUUUAAGCGUGCACGUCUCACUGACAAUAGGGUAGUUGAUACUCCCCUUGAGACUAAUGCUAGGUACUCUUUAUCUUUAUCAGAUGGUUCUCCUUUGCCAGAUCCUAACCUCUACCAUACUGUUGUGGAAAGCUUGAUUUAUCUCACUGUGACUCGUUCUAAUAUUGCAUAUGUUGUACAUGUGGUUAGUCAGUCUGUCACUGCACCGACCACAAUUCAUUGGGCUGCUAUUCUUCGGUAUCUUCGAGGAACUUAG